AUGAUCGGGGAAGCCCCACCACAGCAGUACCCAGAGAAAGAGGUAGGCGGUGGGACGAGGAAGAGGAUAGAGAAGGAAGGAGGUGGUGCAGUACUGGAGGUGCUCAUUGAGGGGUGCUGUGGUGCUGCAGGGCAGAGACAGCUCCCAUUCCCAGGCAGUGAGAGGAGCUGCACUGAAGGCAAUGUGAGGCUGAGGAUCGGAGUCCAAACGGCCAAACGCACCAAGAAACCCCCCAGGACCCUGGAGGGCUACGAGUGUAAACCCCCCAUCAGGACGUACCAGAGGCCUGGGAGGGGGGCAGCAGGGAGGGGGAGUCAGGAGGGAGGGGGGAGUGGYCAGGGGAACAGCCCUCAGGAGGAGGGGGACGGAGAGCAGAACCAGGGGUCAGACCCCAGCACCACCCAGACCAGGAAGAUACACUCCUCCUCGCCUCCGUCUUCAUCAUCAUCAUCAUCAUCAGCCCCUACAACCACCCCUCCCAGCCCAGCCAACCCUCAGACUGCGCCAGCCAAACAGGUCCCUGUGAACCUGGGCUAUAAGAAGUCAGACACCCUACCGGAGAAACCAAGGCACCCUGACCCACCUGAUGCCCACAGCAAACUACUCUCACCUGCCCAAAUGGACCAGGCAACCCCCUCUGACCCCACAGCUUCAUCCCCCCAUUCCCCCCCUCCCUCAUCACCCCAUUCCCCCUUGGUAAAGGACCCUAGCGGUGAGGCAGGUGUUAAMGGUGAGGGASGUAUGCUGAAUGGGGGAGUACCUASAGUCACCUGCCAUCCUACCAGACUCACAAAGGUCAAAGGUCYCAAACAGAACUGUUCUUCCUCAGCCGCCCCCACUAACGUGAACUCAACAACAAGACCUCCAGCCUCCAUCCCCCAUCAGGCUGACCUUGCAGCCCAGGACAGGACUACAGGCUUCAGCUGCCCUCCUACACRGCCKKCAUCCACACCCCUACUUCCAGACCAGAGAGGAGCCCCAGUGGCUGAUGGGAGACUGAGUCCUGCUGCCUCCCUCACCAGCCUGAGCAAGGGACCAUUACUACCGUCCUCUAGCGGAGACGGGUACACCAGCCCAGACCUGACCAGCGGGAACAGGAAAUCAGAUGAUACUGACCAGCAGGAGCGAACUCUCUCUCCCCCAUCCCCCACCCAGUCUCACAUGUUGACCUCUGACCCUAGCCCUUCACCUGGACCUGACCGUUCAGUCUCUCAGGCCAGAAAAAGGGGUCGCCCCAAAUCCCWAACCUCGAGCUUGGACGAACCCCAACCCAGACACUCCCCCAAACRUACCCGAGCUGAGAUGCUCCCUCAUGGGCAUGAUGAGACUCCGGACCCCCAUGUGCUCAACCCAMUGCUGGAUCACAGUCCCACCCUCACCAAUCCCUCUAGCCCCAACCCCACGCCCAGGAAACGAGGUCGCCCCAAACGGCUGCCCCCCUCCCCCCUCCUCCCCAAACAGACUCUCCAGGACCAGAACAGGGYUYCACUGACCCCCUCUGGAGGUGAMGAGGGGGGUAAAGACUUCCCCUCUGAAAAGGGGAACAGGAAGCUGAGGAUGAGGAGCAUCAUCGGAGAGAUGAAYAGGAGGAAGAAGAGGAGGRUACUCAGGGAAAUGCUUUCUGGGUGUSGAGGGGGGAAGGAGGGGAGAYGAAGAGAGGGAGGUAGAGAGAYCMCUCGUGGGUGUGCAGGAGGGGUGUGUGGGUCGGCCACAGCACCCUCCCUGUCCUCCUCCUUUGGGGGUAAACUAGGUCCCCAGAUCAACGUGAGUAAGAGGGGGAKCAUKUACAUGGGGAAGAGGAGAGGACGCAAACCCAAAGCUCCAGCUAACUCUAACCCUGCCUCUCAGUCCACACUGUUCACCAGUCUCUCUAGUCCCUCUCUCUUCUCCUCUCCCCAGCCCCAGCCCCAUCCUCRCCUCUCUCACCCAUUCCCCUCCCCAUCUCUCACCCACUCCAGUGGAGCCCAGAGCCCUUACAGUGAUGGAGGCUGCACAGAACCAGCUCCCUCCCUCUUCCUCCCCCACACCUUCUCCCUCCCCUCACCCUCCUCCUCCUGCGCAUCGCCACGUCCUCUCUCCUCCUCCUUCUCCUCCUCCUCAUCCCUCUCUCCCUCCCUUAAGAGGAGUUCUCCAGGUCAGGGACGACAUCCCCUCUUCCACCAUCCCUCCAGCAGACUCUCUUCUCCUCCUCUUCCUCACCCUCUUUACCCCCAUCUGCCUGUCUUCCCCACACACCUGAAAGAGACCACACACUCACCUAUCAGUAAAUCACACAGCAAGGAGAUGUUGCCUAGUGACAGUGUGAUUGGAAUGGACCACAACACUAUCUCAGAGCGGGGGGAGAGGAGGGGCCGAGGGAGAGGGGGGGUAACCAUGGGAAUGACCUCAGAUGUCACCAGGUCAGUGUUCCGGACAGGUUUAGGGGUCAACCUGAAGGGUCAGAGACAACCCUCGCCCUCCAUGUUACUAGAACACCCCCCCCCUGUACCCUCACCCAUCAGAGUAUCAGCCUCACCCCCCUCUCCCCCCUCUGCCUCCCCCAGACACACACCUCCUUCUGACUUAGUGGAACCCAGAGACAGGCACAGGCGGAGGGGGUAUGAAUGUUCCUAUACCUGCCCCCCCUGCCCCUGCCUAGGGCACAACCAGCGCUCCCACCUGGCCCUCUGCCCCUGCCUAGGGCACAACACACACAAGAGACACAAACACAAACGCAAGAGGAAGUACCAGCACCUGCUCAUGCAUGCGCACGACCCAGACUUCCUCUCUGAACUGGACGAUCUCAUUGGGCAGUUCAGCYAGGUCCGCAUCGGGCGCCACCGUGAUUGGGCCAGAGCUGGAUUGGGGCAGGAUCUCGAUGAGAGUGGGGGGAAAAGACGCCACUCUUCCUUAUUGUCAU